GCUGCUGCGACAUGAUCAUCAGAAUUCAGCUGUCGGCGCUGCCUGUGAUGUGAACAGUGCAACCAUAAUGGCGACUGCUGGAACAGCAGAUUCGGGAUCAACAGCCCCGACAGGGACCAGCAGCAUCCGAAAAAUGGCGCCUUCCGAGAUGCCUGGCUCUUCAGGCACAACUCAGAGUAUGAAGAAGACCAUUGGACAUCGGGGUGUGGAGACCACCACAGGAGAGACCACCUAUAAAAAGACCACAUCGUCUGCCCUAAAAGGUGCAAUCCAGCUGGGCAUCACUCACACAGUUGGCAGCUUAAGCCAAAAAGCGGAGAGGGAUGUUCUCAUGCAGGACUUUGUGGUGGUUGAAAGCAUCUUCUUCCCCAGUGAAGGCAGUAACCUGACACCUGCUCAUCACUACAGUGACUUUCGCUUUAAGACCUACGCUCCUAUUGCCUUUCGUUACUUCAGAGAACUGUUUGGCAUUCGGCCUGAUGACUAUUUGUAUUCUCUGUGUAACGAGCCACUGAUCGAGCUGUCUAAUCCCGGGGCCAGCGGAUCCCUCUUCUAUGUUUCCAGUGAUGACGAGUUCAUCAUCAAGACUGUUCAACACAAAGAGGCUGAGUUUCUCCAGAAACUCCUGCCUGGAUACUUCAUGAAUAUAAACCAAAACAAGCGCACCCUGCUGCCCAAGUUCUAUGGACUGUAUUGUGUUCAGGCAGGGGGCAAGAAUAUCCGUAUUGUAGUGAUGAACAAUCUUCUGCCUCGGAUCAUCCCCAUGCACCUCAAAUAUGACCUGAAGGGCUCUACCUAUAAGAGACGAGCCUCCCCUAAGGAGAGAGAAAAGGCUGUUCCCAUUUACAAAGACCUGGAUUUCAUCCAGGACUUGCCUGACGGCUUGCUGCUGGAAGCGGACAACUACAAUGCUCUGUGCAAGACUAUACAGAGGGACUGCUUGCUCUUACAGAGUUUCAAGAUCAUGGAUUACAGUCUGCUGAUGGGCAUCCAUAACAUGGACCAGGCCAGUCGAGAGCGGGAGCGUGGUGGGGGUAAUUCAGGAGACAGUGGUGGGUCAGAGGGAGCCGUAACUCCAGAUCAGCGCCGGCCACAAGCCCAGAAAAGUCUGUACUGUACAGCCAUGGAGUCCAUCCAGGGGGAGGCUCGAGGGAAGGGAGCUUUAGAUUCAGAAGACCACAUGGGUGGUAUUCCAGCUCGUAAUACUAAAGGAGAGAGGCUGCUGAUCUAUAUCGGCAUCAUCGACAUUCUUCAGUCCUACAGGUUUAUUAAGAAGUUGGAGCACUCCUGGAAGGCCUUGGUCCAUGAUGGGGACACCGUUUCAGUUCACAGACCUGGUUUCUAUGCAGAGCGUUUCCAGCAAUUCAUGUGCAGCACGGUGUUUAAGAAAAUUCCAUUAAAACCAUCGCCAUCUAAGAAGAGUCGUGGUGGGGGUCAGGGAGGGCUUAGGAGGGCCCCCACCCUGGGAGCUCCCACCCCACUCUCCCACGCAACAGGACAGUCAGCUGUUGACUCCAGACUUGUGUACCACAGCCACUUCAAAAGCACAGAGUCAGAGGCUGACAGUGGCAUGCAGUUGGACAGACCUGAUCUUGUUCCGAGGACCCCUCCGCUGGUAGACAACCCUGCUGACUGUGAGGCCAACCUGUCCACCUCAUCACUAGGCAGCAUUGGCGUGGCCCCCACCUUUCCUCCCCUGCAUUCUGUAGGAGUGGAAGUGCACAAAUCAGCAAACACAGACCAUGACCAGGGUGCUUCCCACAGUUUGGGGGCAGAAGGGGCUGCAGAUAAUUCUGGCAACCUGUCUGGAAAUGAAGAUGUAGUUUCACUAUCAGACAUCGUCCCCGAAACAAACAUCUGUUUUUAAAAACACAGUGUCAUCUAAGGAUGAAACAUUUCUGGCCGAGGUGAGGAGUGUGGAAGUAAGGAUGAAGAGGAUAAAAGUCUCCACCGCGGACCCUUCGUUGCACCUAUGUUGUUUUCUCAUCCAUACAUACAGUAUAUACAGGGAUUGCUGGAUGAAGCAGUGAGGUGCAGUGGAGGCUGUGACAAUGAGGAACGCAAUAAUGGGAAGAUCCAGAAGACAGUGUGCGGUAGGCCUUAGACUUUCCCAGCCAUCAGCAAAGUCACUGUGUGCACACAUUUUGUCCAUAUCUGUCCUAAAGCCCCACUGUCUUUCAUCAACACCUGGAAAACAAAGGUGCAUGGCCCUGAAUUGGCAGCUCUUUAAUAGCUCCAGCAACAUUACCUUGAUCAAACGAUUAUCCUUCACUUUGCAACUUGCCUGUCUGGUGCAACGUCAUAAUGCACAAAGUAAUUAGUUGUAUUUUAUAAAAAGCUCCCAGUCACCGGUGGAUGGUGAAGGCAGUCAAAUUCUCCAUGAAGAGUCAGCUGUUGUGCCCACUUUUCACAGCAUGAAGAGAUGUGAGUGGGCACAGACAGCAGGAACGCACACACUUAAGAGCACACGAAGGGCAUAGUCUGCAUUUGUGGGAGUGAAUGUUUUCCUGUGUGUUCAUGCACAGUCUAAAUGGGUUCACAUUUAUGUGACUCACACUCUGGUUUUCCUGUUGCCGCACAUCCAUUUCCCCCUGGCACUCCUCAUGAGCAGCGGGAACUAUGAGCUGUCAGCGGUCAAAUCAACACUUGCUGCUGUCGACCCUGCAAUCAUGUAUGCAUUUCUUUUUACUGAUUGUGGAUGUACAGUAUUUGUUUGAAGUCAGAUUUUGAAACACCGAAGGGAUGGGUUGAACCAGACUCCCCCUACGGUAAUUUUGUUUCACGUUUUGUGAUAAGUUAUUCUGCUGGAAGCCACAGCGGUGCUGCAGAGAUCCAACUAGAUCUUGCCACUGCUGAAUGUACAUUACAAUGUUUUUCUUAUAUAGGAUGUGUCUUAUUAACAUGGCAGAUCACGUUUGUACAACCCUGAAAAUCUCCCCCUCUGAUGUGACCAUAUGUGCUGAAGUAUAAAUGAAUACAGAGAGAAGAGCUGUCAACAGCAUUGCUGGCCAGUAGAUGCUGUUAAAUGAAGUCACGGUAUAAAGUUAAUCGAACAGUAACAUUCAAGCUACUGUCUGUUGUCUGUCAUGUCUGUGCCUUUACAUGUUUCUCCCUCCCCUAAUAUGAUGUAUGACUGACAUUUUGUUUUACAGGUUAGUGUUGUAGUCAGACAGAGAAAACGCCUUAUCACUACAGCUGAAGUCAUCAAACUGCCAUUUGCAUGUCUGGACCAACCAAUCAGUGGUCAGGGUUUAAAAGAAUUUCAGAUUUUAAUGCAAACACUAGUACAAUCCCUUUUGAUUACGGGCAUGUUGAGUCUUUAAUCACCUCGGUUCAUCAGCUCAGCUACACCUUUUGACUUUCCUUACAUCAGACAGAACGGAUGUCUGUCUCUCUUUCUUCAUUUCUGCUGGUUACAGAAAUGACACCCGCCCACAUCCAUUCUUGGACCAAUAUUACUAACCCUGUGUAAAACUAUUUUUUGUAUUUAGAUUUUUUUUGUAUGUAGUCUUACUCACCUUUUAUUCUGCAGUUCAUAAAAACUAAGCUUUGUUUUCACAAAAUGUUUUGUGUUCAUCUUAUUGUUUGAGGCACUAAACCAGCCACAGAUGUUGCUUGGCUGAAAGCUUUUUACCCCAUGAGAUAUUUCUGAGACAGAAAUUUGAAUCACUACCAGGGGAAGUGUAGCAGAACCCAAGUUUUCAGACAUCGUCUCAGUUAAUGAAUUGCUGUUUAUGUUUGUAAGGCACAUGUGGUCUGAGCAGCAGAGAGGGAGAAGGGGAAAUGUGAGUUAUGAAUAUAGAUGGAAGGAAAAUUGCUCAUGUUCAUCAAUGCACAGUUGAGGAUUCAGGACUGAGUCUUUUGUAUUAUAAGCCAGUCGCGGCACCAAAGAAAAGAGUAGGGAAUUCCUGUGAAUGUUCAGGAUCUAGUACAGUUGACAUGAAAAUGACAUUAGAUACCUGCAUGGACUGAUAUGUUGUAUAUGGUAAUAACACUGGGUUGACCUGUGUUUUAAGAAUCUGUUAUUAAACUGGAUGCUUUUUUGCUAAAUAAUUUCAUGUCUGAUAGGCUGUAUCUGACAUAAACCUAUUCCCUGUAAAAAUUUAUUUUUCAUCAUAAAAUAAUUAUUUCACUUUAGACUGAACUGCAACAUUUCAAGAGUUAACUCCAUAUUCCUGUGAAAUCCUGUGAGAAGUUUAAUUUGCUACAAAUUGUGGUAGCUCUUAGAACCGAUUAUUUACCGCAUAGUUGGGACAAUGUAUUUGAAUUUGAUUACUUCUGAUAUUAUGAUGAAAUGUAAAAUACUGAUAAUUUCAAGCAGAUCAGUAUAAAGUUGUAUUUAGUUGAAUGAGAGUCAAACAGCCACCAAAGAAAAACACUCCAAGAAAAUCUUUGAUUUGAAAACAUCCAGAUUAUAUUUUGUGACAGCUUCAUUUUGAUGUUUUAAGUUGUAAAUCCAUUUUUUCUAAAUGGGUAGUACUGUGUAUUUGCUGGAUGCAGAGCAGUUAUGUCACAGUUGUUAUGUACUACACCCAUGGCACAAGAGAAGACAUUAUCCUUCUGUGCUUAAAGGGCAGUGCACUCAGUGUAGACACUACAUUUAAACUAAUGCAAUAUGAACCACAGUCUGCCACCUUUACACUCCAGGAAAGAUAUUUAUUAAUAUGAUUGAUUGCUGUAGGCUGAAAUGAUAAAGUUGUAUUAUGUACCUUAGAUGAUUGUACGUAUACUGUAAACUGACAGAAGGAUGUCUGAAAACUUUAUAGUGUGUAUUGCCUAUGAAGGGGGGACUAUUUGACAAUUUCACUUUUUAUAUUUCAUGUUUAGAUUGUGAUAUGAUAGAUAUAUUCUCUCAUGAUGAUUCUGGGUUGUUAAGCUCCCAUUCUUUUUCUACAUGAAUGUUUCACAUGGCUCACGAGCCUGCGUUGCUGGUUGUCCUAUAUGCUUCAAUUACUAUAUUUUUACUGUGUAUAAAAUGUGUAUAUGUACAUAGGAGUCACGGAAAUGCCUUCUCAUGCAAAAUGUGCUGCCUGUCCCUUCCUGCCAUGUUUCAGUUAUGUGGUGGUGAUGUUUUAAUGUCUGAUUUUAAAAGAUUAAACAUAUUUUCUAAAUCUUG